AUGUCACCAGUAAUCAGCACUGAUGAUCUCCACAGGAUUUUCAAGAACCUGGACAAAGACAACAAUGGCCUAGUAACAGUGCACGAGCUGCACCAUUUUCUCCACAGACUUGGGAUCCAGACAACCUUGGAGGAUCUCAAGAAGCUCGUGGGCCGAACCAGUCUCGACUACAUAGACUUCCUCUUCUUCUAUGAGGCAAUGGUCAAGGCCAGGAUAGCAGAACAAGUUGAAGGUGAUCACAAGGAUGAUCUCGUCAAAGCUUUUAAGGUCUUUGAUUUGAAUGGGGAUGGAUUUAUAUCGUGCGAAGAGCUGCAGAGCGUGCUGUCGAAGAUGGGGUUGUGGGAUAAGCAGAGUGGACAGGAUUGUAGAGACAUGAUUGAUAUGCACGACAAGAACUCGGAUGGUGUUCUUGAUUUUGAAGAGUUCAAGAACAUGAUGUCUGUUCCUGCUCCUGCUGAUCAAUGUUCGGAGACGUAGUUUAGAGUGUGUAAAGAGUUGAUAAUGGUCAAAUUGAUGCAUUUUUCUUGAUUUUCGAUGACAAUAUUGUUGUAAUAUAUCUACUAGGAUUUGCUAUUGUUGUUCUUUUUCCCUCCCUGAAAUCAUUUUGCUUUCAUUGGAGUCAACUGCCAUAGAAGAAAUUCUAACCCAAACUUGAUUUGGCUAACUUGAAUUAAUUGUAUGGCAAGUGAAAUACACUUGCAAUGUGACUGAUGUGUAGUUCAAGGAAAAUUAGCAAUUACAUAGCAAGUGUGAUGUGAUUGAUUUGAUUUGACCAAACU